GGAAGGAUAAGUGAACACAUCAAACAAACUCUCCCCUUUGACGAUUUCCCCAAUUCUCCCCAAUUUCAUCCCUUCCCCUAUAAUUUCACGUCCAUUUCUUCUCGGAUAGAACAAAACACAGAGAGGAGUCUCCUCCUCUCUCUCCCUCUAUUUCCCUCCACACACAGGAAGCAGAACCGUCCCCAACUGAACUCCCAAUAGAAAAGAAAUAGCAACCAAAAUAUAUCACAUAACCGCAAUAGAUAGAGAUAAAGAUUACGGGAGGAGAGAGAGAAGAGAAGAGGAGGAGGAGGAAGAGAAGAAGGAGAAUUGGAGCAGGAGACGGACUCCGUUCCCCCUCGCCGUAAGGACACUUCGAAUCUCCUCAAUUUGUGCUCUAGGGUUUGAUGUAGAUAAAUAGAUUGCAUUACUUGGUUGGAUCUCUCGCUCCUUCCCUCCGCCGAACCGAUUCUAGGGUUCUGAUCUUGGGUUCGGCCUCGCGGGAAUCCUUGCCUUCCGACGCGCAUUGGCUCCUCCCUUCGCUUCCUGGCGUCUGGGGAUUGCUUUUUGGCGGUUUCUUGAUCGGUUGCUGCUUGCCCUCCUGCCGCUUUGUUCGACUAGCGGACUGAUUUUGGUUCUGUCGCUUGGAUGAUUGGUUGAUGUCGUGAUUCACUCGGUUGUGUGUCGGAGAUAGAUAUCGAAGGGCUUCGGCGUCCCGAGUGAAUGCCGGGUUCUGUCAUCCUUGAAACAACCUGUUUGUUCUCGAUUCAGUAGGGUUUGAUGGCAUAGGAAGGAUUGGGAAGAUGGGUUCUGUGGCUUUUUGUCAUCAGAGCAUGGCCUGACUCGACGAUGGAGCGAGGCGAGCCCACGCUUGCGCCUGAAUGGUAUAAAGGCUCUACCGGCAGCGCAAGUGCAAGUGGCAAUUCGAACCACAGAAGUCGAUCUUCAUUGCAUUCGGAUGAGCGUGGAGCUAGGCAUCCAUCAAGAAACAGAUCUUCGCUAAGUGCUUGUGACCUUGAUGCUUCCCGUUCUUCGGCAUUUUCAGAUGGAAGCUUAUCUUCCUUUCGCAGGAGCGUGAGCAGCAAUAGUUCCUCGACUCAUGAUAGAGUGAACACUUCUAGUUUACGGUCAUAUAAUAGUUUUGGUAGGAAUCAUCGUGAUAAAGAUCGAGAAAAGGAACAUGAUCAGCGUGAAAGAAAUAGGUCAUAUUUGGUAGAAAAUGGAUCCUCUAAUUAUACUGAUGCAAAAAAUGAAAGAGACACUCUAAGACGCAACCCCUCAUUCUAUGGAAGGAAGAGUGAGGCUUCGUCUAAAAACUCAAGUAGCAAUUUGAGUAAUGGUAUAAUACCCGGGACAGUCACUAUGCACGUCAAUACACAGUCCUUUGAAAAAGAAUUUCCAAUUCUUGGAGCCGAUGACAGACAGUCGGAUGUUGCCAGGGUGUCUUCUCUUGGUCUUACUACAGCAUUAAAUAAUCUUUCUCGAACCACAUCAGCGUGUAUCAGGGGUGAUGGUUGGACAUCAGCCUUGGCAGAAGUUCCUGUCAGAGUUGGAGGCAAUGGACCUGCAACCUCAUCUGCCACAUCUACUGCUCUAAGCAGCAGUACCAGGUUAAACAUGGCUGAGGCACUGGUUCAAGCACCGUCGAAUGCUCGUACUCCAUCACAGGCAUCUGUUGGUACCCAGAAGGUGGAGGAGUUCACUCGUUUACAGUACACCAAGCUAAUACCCAUAACACCUUCGACGCCUAAAAGCUCGGCUCACAAUUCGUUGGAGAAAUCUAAAGUUAGAGGAACAAGAAGUGGGGAAUCCUGUGUUUCAUCGAAGAUCGGGCUCCAGUCAUCAUCCCAAACUGUCCAUGCACCUGCUAGGUCAGAUAUUGUGAAAACAUCUCAGGCAGGCAAUCUUCAGGUUAUAACCUUUUCACCAAAAAGCACUGUCAAUCCAAAGCAAAAACUUGACAACAAAGGCGUUUCACCCUCUACUCAGACUUGCUAUGGAGAAAAAAGACCCAACACUCAAGCUCAGAAUCGUAAUGAUUUUUUCAAUAUUAUACGACAGAAAUCUUCACUGGAUCCACCUGAGCUUAGUCAGAAAAGGUUAACAGUGAAGAUGAGCGACAGUGAUGCCACUGGAGAUAAAAAUGUUGCCUCUGAGGGGCCCAACAAGUAUCUUCUUAACAGUGAAGAUGAGACUGCAUCUUCAGACCCUGUUAUUGCCGGAUCUCUUAGUUUGUCUUCUGACCAUGUUCUUCUAAAGUGCGUUAAUGAUGGUGGAGAUGAGAAUUUAUUGUUGGGCCCUACUGCAGCUGUCUCCAUGACUGCAUCUCCUGCCGUCGGUGGAGAAGUUGGUUCAUCUCCAGAUUCUGUUAUGACAGCAUCGGUUCAAAAAAAUGUUGACGAGAUAAUUUCAGAUUUUGUUCCUUCUCCAUGCGAGGAGGAAGCUACCUUUUUGGAAAGUCUUGGGUGGGAUAUAAAUGCAGAUGAAGAACCACUGACACCCGAGGAAAUUGCUGAAUUUUACCAGAAGCAUCCAGAGCGGAAGGCAUUUUCGUGGCCUGGCCACCACAUGAGCCAGUGAGAAUGAUGAUGAUGCUGGUUUCAGGCCACCUGUUGAUGGAAGGCGACAUGGAUGCAUAAUCUUGAUGAGUCACCGUUAACUGUGGCUGAGAUCUCUCAUUUUGUUUGGGGGGGGGGGGGAAGGGGAGUUUUAGAUUGGCAUGGUGGAUUUGAAAAGGUGAUGAAGAGUCCAGUUGCAUUCUUCCAUCUUGCUUCGAAAAGAAAUGUCUACCGCAAAUAAGAUGCAUUGUUUCAAGUCCUUGAACAUGUGUAUCCUGCUAUGGUUAGGGUGCUUCUCAGGAUUCUUUUUUGGUUUCCUUUUUGAUAGAUUGGUUAGAGGUUAGAGAUAAAAGUUGAAUAGGGGGCUGUCUGAUAUGAGAAAGUUGCAUAGUUUAAAAGCUUAGGGGUUGUCUUCUUUUUGUCCUAUCUAUAUCAUCAAAGUUGGGAAAUUUCUCGUCCUCUCUUAUAUAUCAUCACCUUGCAACAGCAUAUAUUUUCUUUUUA